AUGAAGAAAUUCAGAUGUAUCUUUCUUCCUCUUGUGGUUCUCAUUAUAUCCUUUACUCUCUAUCCUGCAUUGGCACAUAGAAAACCACCACAGGAUUGUACUCCCCCAAAACCAAAGCCUCCGCCCCAAGACGAGCCUAAACCAAAGCCUCCGCCGCAAGAGGAACCCAAACCAAAACCUCCACCGAAGGAGGAACCGAAACCAAAGCCUCCACCAAAAGAGGAGCCAAAACCAAAGCCUCCACCAAAAGAGGACCCUAAACCAAAGUCUCCGCCUCAAGAGGAUCCGAAACCAAAGCCUCCUCCACAAAAUCCACCUGAAGACCCUAAACCAAAACCGCCUAAAGAUAAUAAGCCAGAACCCCCACAAGAGCCACAAAAACCAACUCCAUUCCAUGAUAAAUACAAAGGUUGUUUCUCCUCCAUGUACGCUUUUGGAGAUUCAUAUACGGAUACAGGAAACGCUCAGUUCAUGGGUAGUCUCACUAUAUCAUUCUCCGGCUCUUUAAGCUCUCCUUAUGGAUCCACCACAUUCGGAAAGAGCUCUAACCGGUUAUGUGAUGGUCGGCUAGUUCUUGAUUUUAUAACAGACUCCCUAGGCUUGCCGGUUUUACCUCCGUACCAAUCAACCUCGGCUAACUUCACUAGUGGUGCAAACUUUGCUAUUGCUGGAUGCACAACUGUAGCCAAUGACCUUUUCUCCAAGUUCGCUCGACUUUUUCUGUGGAAAGCGACACCCUUAGGUGUAUGGACUCAGUUAGAAUGGUACAAAAAGUUUCAAGUAGAUCACCUAUGUAAAGGGUUAGAUCAAAACGGAUGCCAAGCAAAAAUGAAAACUGCAUUGUUUUGGGUCGGGGAGAUUGGAAUCAAUGAUUAUUCACGUGCAGUUGGAUCCAAGAUACCCCUUCGUUCGAUAGCCAAGUCAUCCGUUGUAUAUACAACAGAACUUGUCCGGACAUUGAUAAGAAACGGGGCUAAGAACAUAGUAGUUCAAGGGUUACCACCACUUGGUUGUCUUCCUCUAGACAUCUCCAUAACUCCGAUAAGCAUUCGUGACAGAUCAGGCUGUUCACAGAUUGUGAAUGCAGCUGUUGUAAUCCACAACCAAAUCUUGCAAGCCAAAUUAGAAAUAUUAAGAAAGUUGUUCCCAGAUGUUACAAUCAUAUAUGCAGAUUCUUGGAAAGCAUAUUAUAAUAUCGUAAACAACGCUGCAAAAUGCAAGAUUCGUGAAACUCGUAGAACUUGCUGUGGAGCUUCUGCAGCACAAGACAACCUGAACUUUAAUCUUCAGUCCUUGUGCGGUUCUGCAGGUACAUCCAUAUGCGACAAUCCAAGCCAAUACAUAAGCUGGGAUGGGAUCCAUCCCACUGAGUCCAUGAACUAUCAUAUGACGGAUCAAUACAUAAAUAAUGGGUGUUGUAAUCCACCGUUUGAGCAGCUCAUGAAAAAGUCUGCCGCUGUGUAG